UCUUAGCCUUCUCUCUUGACUGAACAAAUUUGAUCAUCAGAAAUGGCGAUUUCAGGUGCUGCCAUUGGACUGAACAAACAUAUGUCGCCAUGUUUGGCUGCUCCAAGACUUCAUCCCUGUGGAAGAAAACAGUUCUUCUUGAAAGCAUCUGCAAGUAGUGGUACAUCAGAUGGUACUGAGGAUGGGAAGAUGACGAUAAAGAAGGGCAAAGAUGGUUGGAAGAUUGAUUUCUCUGGAGAAAAGCCCGCUACUCCAGUGCUGGACACAAUCAACUAUCCAGCCCACAUGAAAAACCUCUCGAUACAUGAUCUUGAACAAUUAGCUGCAGAACUUAGAGCAGAGAUUGUGCAUACUGUAGCCAAGAUAGGAGGACAUCUGAGUGCAAGCUUAGGAGUUGUAGAGUUAACUGUGGCCCUGCAUCAUGUUUUCAAUACUCCUGAGGACAGAAUCAUAUGGGAUGUAGGCCAUCAGGCGUACCCCCAUAAGAUUCUGACAGGAAGAAGGUCUAAAAUGCAUACCAUUAGGCAAACUUCUGGACUUGCAGGCUUUCCGAAAAGAGAUGAGAGUGUCUAUGAUGCUUUUGGGGCAGGGCAUAGUUCAACAAGCAUUUCUGCUGGUCUAGGUAUGGCGGUAGGAAGAGAUCUUCUAGGAAAGAACAACAAUGUCAUAUCCGUCAUUGGAGAUGGUGCUAUGACGGCAGGACAAGCAUAUGAGGCGUUGAAUAAUGCAGGAUUUCUUGAUUCUAACCUGAUUGUGAUAUUGAACGAUAAUAAGCAAGUUUCUCUACCCACUGCUACACUUGAUGGUCCUGCAACACCUGUUGGAGCACUUAGCAGUUGUUUAAGCAAGCUCCAAGCCAGCCCCAAAUUCAGACAACUACGAGAAGCAGCAAAAAGUAUAACAAAACAAAUUGGACCACAAGCACAUGAAGUUGCUGCUAAAAUGGAUGAAUAUGCUAGAGGUAUGGUAAAUGCUUCUGGAUCAACCCUCUUCGAGGAGCUUGGAUUGUACUAUAUUGGACCAGUGGAUGGGCAUAACGUUGAAGAUUUAGUCACCAUUUUCCAAAAAGUGAAACGUAUGCCAGCACCUGGGCCAGUUUUAAUCCAUCUUGUGACGGAAAAAGGAAAAGGCUAUCCCCCAGCAGAGGCAGCAGCAGAUAAAAUGCAUGGCGUAGUGAAGUUUGAUCCAGAAACUGGGAAGCAGUUUAAGUCAAAAUCCCCUACUCUUACAUAUACACAGUACUUCGCUGAAUCCCUGAUAAAGGAAGCUGAAUUCGACAAGAAGAUUGUAGCUAUCCAUGCGGCAAUGGGUGGUGGAACUGGUCUUAACUAUUUCCAGAAGAUAUUUCCGGAUCGCUGUUUUGAUGUUGGCAUUGCUGAGCAGCAUGCUGUUACAUUUGCAGCUGGUUUAGCCACUGAAGGCCUCAAGCCAUUCUGUGCUAUUUAUUCGUCAUUCCUGCAAAGAGGAUAUGACCAGGUUGUGCAUGAUGUAGAUCUUCAGAAGUUGCCGGUGAGAUUUGCAAUGGAUCGAGCAGGCCUUGUUGGUGCAGAUGGACCUACACACUGUGGUGCAUUUGAUGUUGCAUACAUGGCUUGCUUGCCUAACAUGGUGGUCAUGGCUCCUUCUGAUGAAGCAGAGCUAAUGCAUAUGGUUGCAACAGCAGCAGCAAUAGAUGAUAGACCAUCCUGCUUGAGGUUUCCAAGGGGCAACGGAGUUGGUGCAAUUCUUCCUCCCAACAAUAAAGGAACUCCCAUUGAGCUUGGGAAGGGAAGGAUUCUAAAAGAAGGCGACAGAGUGGCAAUUUUAGGAUACGGUUCUAUAGUCCAAGAAUGUCUGGGAGCAGCAGAAAUUCUGAAAUCCCAUAACAUAUUACCAACAGUGGCUGAUGCUAGAUUCUGUAAACCAUUGGAUGGUGAUCUUAUAAAAAGGUUGGCAAAAGAGCAUGAAAUCUUGGUCACUGUAGAGGAGGGUUCAAUCGGAGGUUUUGGAUCCCAUGUAGCUCAUUUCCUAAGCUUAACUGGUAUAUUGGAUGGACCCAUCAAGUUGAGGUCGAUGGUGCUUCCUGACAGAUACAUUGACCAUGGAUCACCAAAGGAUCAACUUGAAGAAGCUGGUCUUUCUGCAAAGCAUAUUUGUGGCACAGUUUUAUCACUACUAGGGAGGCCUCAAGAAGCUCUUCAACUCCAAUGAAGCAUCACAGUAACCAAAUACUUAAAUUUGUUUGGGUUGGGAGGACUUUAUGCCUACCAAUGGUAAAAGUCAAAUUCUGGACGGUCGCUCGGUCAAGGAGAGGUGGUGGCUUCUGGGUAGUUGGGAUCCUCCGCGCCAUUAUUCGAUGUUAAAUUCAGUGUCAAUUUCACUUAUUAUGUGAGGGUAGAAAAAAUUUAAAUAAAUAGCACAUCACAAGUUAAAUAAAUAGAACACGUGGCAUAAAUAUAGAAGUGACACUGAGUUGUUCCUGAAAAAGUGACACUCAGGAUCCCAUAUGGAUCAAAUCCAGUGUUAAUUCCAUUUAUCACGUGAGGGUAGAAAAAAAUUAAAUAAACAGCAUAUGACAGAUUAAAUAAAUAAAACAUUUGACAUAAAUAUAGAAGUUACACUGAGUUCUCAUCGAAGAAGUGACAGCGAAGAUCUCACGUGAGCUUUUGGAUAUUGAUAAAAAUUGAGCUUUUGGAUAUUGAUAAAAAUAUGAGAGGGAUGACAAUUUCUUUGUUGUUUAGAGCAUGUAUUCAUUACCUUGUUUGAAAGUCUAUUCUGACCUCAACUUUUGUGAAUAUAAAAAUAAUGCAAUUGUUUUUUUCACUU